ACAACCAGUCCCGGUGAAUUGCUGCAGAUCAGUGGCCUUUUAACCUAUUGAAGACGUAUGGGUGACCGACGAGAGAUCGUCCUAGUUAGUUCACAAGUCACGUGACACACGUGUUCACAGCAAGCUCCCGUGAACACGACCCAGCCCUGACUAAAUUGCAUCGGAGCAGACGAUAGAGACUGCUGGAAGAAAACUGAAGUUACACGAAAGAUGCCAUCGUACAAGCUUAAGUAUUUCGAGUCGAAGGGUCGCGCCGAAAUGUGUCGUUUGCUGUUCGCCAUGGCAGGACAGGAGUACGAAGAUAUCCGGUACUCUCAGGAGACCUGGGCAGCAGAGAAAAAUAACACGCCAUUUGGCCAGCUUCCGGUGCUGGAAAGUGAUGGACAACAGUAUGGGCAAAGCAUAGCAAUCAUCAACUUCCUGGCCCGAGAGUUUGGUCUACAUGGACAGACUAACCUGGAGCAACUGCAGGUGGACCAAGUGAUGGGCAUCGUGCAGGACAUCUACACCCACCUGCUGAAACUCUUCUUUGAGAAGGAUAAAGCCAAACAGGUGGCAAUACAUGAGGAAAACAACAAAACUCAUUAUCCAAAAUACCUGGGCUUUUUUGAGGCCAUUCUAAAGAAGAAUGGUGGCGAAUUCUACGUAGGACAAAAGAUAAGUCUAGCAGACAUAGCUGUAUUUGACACCCUCGACGGGAAGAUUGACGACAGCAUAGUGGAAGGUUUCCCGUUGGUCAAAGCGAACAGGGAGAAGGUCCGCACAAACGAGAAAAUAGCACAAUGGUUGGACAAACGUCCCAAGACAGCACACUAGUUGGGGUCCAACUCCUAUCACUUUCCAUGCUAUGAGAAUAACUGAUGGGUCUUGUGACUAUGGCAGCAAAACCUUCAACCUUUCAAUAUAAUGGAUUAGUCCAGCGCGUUUUAGUUUAAAGAAGAAUCUUUUCUACUCAUUGUUUAUGUUAAAGGUACUUAAUUUCCUAAAAGUUUCCCGGAAGCUAAUUACUGCUUUGUGUUUAUAUAUGACGCAAAAGCAUGUACUACUUGUGACUUAAACUGAACAAUAUAUACACGACUAUGUACAUGAAUGUGUCAAGUAUUUUAUCAAUUUAUAGGUUUUCUAAAAUUCUAAGAAUUUUGUACCAAAUAAAAUACAAUUAUUUUGCA